AUGGCUACUGAGUGCUCUCAAGAUGCACUUACGGACUUUCUGAAGGAGAACGGCGACAGAGUGAAAAACACGGAUUUAAUUGAGCAUUUUAAGGCCGUUUUCCCAGAGGAGCCGAGGAAGAAGGCGGCUGUCCGACAGAGAUUUAAAAACUACGUUGAUAACAUCGCUUACGUUAAAACGGAGAGUGGAGUUAAAUAUGUCUGCCUCAAGAAGAAGUUUCGCGGUUCGGGGAAGAAAAAAGAAGAAGCGAAAGGAACAGAGCCGAAACAUUUACACAUUUUACAUGAUGAGAAAAUGGCUCAUCGUUACUCCCUCGGGUCAGACAGCGGUCAGGUUGGUGCAGAUAGCGUUCAGGUUGGUGCAGGCAGCGCAGAGGAGGAGCCAUCCCCGCCGUGUGAAGUGCUGCAUCACACUCCACCUGGCUCAGGUUACGGAAGUGACAGCCAGGUGAGAGUUCCGCAUGGUUUCACCCCUGUAACCACUUUCCCGGACAAAAAAGACGACAGGAGUAAAUGUCAUGAGUUUGUUUGCAUAGUGGAGCCAGUGGACAGCAGCUCAGGUGAGAUGGGGAACAGAGAAAGCAGACACAGAGAGAAAAGAGACAGUAAGAAGGAGAGAGGAGGAAACGCUCCAGACAUACCUGAGAUUGCAGUGAUUGAAGCUUCGCCACUCCCUGCUGAGGGAUCUAUGUUCACUCUGCCUGGGCCUGCAAAAACUGGUAUAACAGGACAAGUACAUGCAUCUAAUGCUGGACUCAAUCCUAUAGACAUACAAGCUGAAACUGAGUCUAAGUCACAACAGGAUCAGAAGGAACCAGACCAGGUUCUGAUGGUGACCAGGCGACGGAACUCCAGAGGAUCCCAGCGCAGGUUUGUCUCAGGUGACACAGAGGAUGAUGGACAGCUGGAUGCAUACAGCCUGUCAAGUAGCGAUGGGGACAACACCCCAAAAGACAGUCGUAAACACUUCAUCCAGGUCAUGAUGAACAGUUCCCCCCAGUUGAGGCGCAGCUUGGUGUUGCGCAACUCCAUCCACCUGUCCUCCAGGAGCGACAGCGACUCAGCCUCCCUGGUGUCGUGCAACCUUGAUGACGAGAGGACCUCUGUGGCUCUGGACCCCCUGGAGCAUGAGUGGAUGAUGUGUGCUUCAGAUGGGGAGUGGGGCAACUUGUUCCGCCUCCUCACCACAGAGCCCAGCCUGGUCCUGAGGAAGGAUUUCGUGACCGGUUUCACCUGCCUGCACUGGGCCGCCAAGCACGGCAGACCUGAGCUCAUCGCCCUCAUUAUUAACUUUGCAAAGCAGCACAACAUUCCCAUCAGCGUGGAUGUCCGCUCCAACACGGGCUACACACCGCUGCACAUCGCCGCCAUGCACAACCACAUGGAGGUGGUGAAGCUGCUGGUGGGUGCCUACAGUGCAGACGUGGAAAUCAGAGACUACAGCGGGAAGAAGGCCUGCCAGUACCUCACUGAUAAUGUGAGUGUGGACUUACGAGAUAUUAUAGGAGCGAAUGAGCAUUCUGACGCAGAGGACUCAGACCGCAGGGACGGAGGCCGCUGGAGGUUCUCCAAGGUCCUCUGGCCCCUCAACCCCGACGAGGGUGACUCUGUGGAUGGGGAGGCUGAACCCAAAGAGAAGCUCCUCAGGAGGAAGUCCUCUUUCAGCAGGAUGAAGCCCAAACUGCAGAAGCUCCGCAUGAGGACGUCACAGAUCGUCCACAGCACGUCAUUCCGCCGCGAGUCAGAGGAGCCGGAAGGUUUUACAAGAGGUUCCUUCAAGUCCAGACCCAAGACACAUUUCUUUGGGUGAGACU